AAAAGCUUAACCUUAUUAUUCGCGUGUCUAUUUUUUUUUUUCUUUAUUUGUCGUUGAAAUAAAACCUCCGGUCUCUCUCUCACACACACAUCGACGAUGGCCAGGCAACGGCGGCGGUCUCUGUGUCUUCUAAUCACAGUCUGGUUCCUUUCCGGUUCGGUACAUGUGGUUCGAGCUCAAAACAGAACCGGAGCCACUACUGAUCCAGACGAAGCUCGAGCUUUGAACUCCAUCUUCGCCGCUUGGAGGAUCCCUGCGCCCAGGGAAUGGAACAUCAGCGGCGAACUGUGCUCCGGCGCCGCCAUGGACGACAGCGUCACCAUCGACGACAAAGCAUACAACCCUCUUAUCAAAUGCGACUGCACGUUCAACAGCUCCAAAAUCUGCCGCAUCACCGCCCUCAAGGUUUAUGCGAUUGAAGUUGUAGGACCUAUCCCUCCCCAGCUCUGGACUUUGCACUACCUCACUAAUCUGAACUUGGGUCAAAAUGUUCUUACAGGCUCCCUCCCUCCUGCUAUUGGUAAUCUGACUCGUAUGCAAUACAUGACUUUUGGGAUCAAUGCAUUGUCUGGCCCUGUUCCCAAGGAAAUUGGUCUGCUUAAAGAUCUAAGAUCACUUGGUAUUAGCUCAAAUAACUUUUCUGGUUCUAUACCACCUGAGAUUGGGUCUUGUACUAAACUACAGAAAAUGUAUAUAGGAAGUUCUGGACUCACAGGGGGAAUACCCCAAUCAUUUGCUAAUCUUGUUCAGCUCGAAGAUGCUUGGAUUACGGAUCUGGAAGUUACAGGUCCGAUUCCAGAUUUCAUAGGAAACUGGACCAAACUUACUACCUUGAGAAUUCUCGGAACUGGUCUGAGUGGUCCUAUACCGUCAUCAUUUUCCAACUUAACUUCUUUGACAGAACUGAGGCUUGGUGAUAUAUCCAACGGCAGCUCUUCUCUUGAAUUCUUCAAAGACAUGAAAUCUCUAAGUACAUUAGUAUUUAGGAACAGCAAUCUCACUGGGACGAUACCCUCUUUUAUCGGAGAAUUUUCAAGUCUGCAACAAGUUGAUUUAAGCUUCAACAAACUAGGUGGACCAAUUCCAGCUUCACUUUUCAAUUUAAGUCGACUUACUCACUUGUUUCUUGGGAACAACACGCUGAAUGGUCCAUUGCCUUCUCAAAAGAGUCAGACUUUGAGAAAUAUAGAUGUGUCGUACAAUGAUUUGUCUGGAAGUCUUCCUUCAUGGGUCAACUUACCAAACUUGAAACUCAACCUCGUUGCUAACAAUUUCUCCUUGGAAGGUCUUGACAAGAGUGUUUUACCAGGACUGAGCUGCCUGCAGAAAGACUUCCCUUGCAAUAGAGGAAAAGCAUUAUAUUCUGAAUUUUCGAUCAACUGCGGAGGCCCACCAAUACGGUCUGUGAGCGGAGCAUUAUUUGAGAGGGAGGACGAGGAGCUGGGACCAGCUUCUUUUGUCGUGAGUGAUGUUCAGAGAUGGGCAGCCAGUAGCGUGGGACUUUUUGCCGGAAGUAGCAGUAAUAUAUACAUAGCGACUUCACAAUCACAAUUUAUCGGCACUUUGGACUCGGAGCUUUUUCAGUCAGCAAGACUUUCUGCAUCUUCCCUGAGGUAUUAUGGUUUGGGGCUAGAAAAUGGAGGCUAUACAGUAACACUUCAGUUUGUUGAAAUUCAAAUCCUUGGUUCUACUUCAAACACUUGGAGAGGUUUAGGAAGACGACGUUUUGACAUUUAUGUCCAGGGAAGACUUGUUGAAACGGAUUUUGAUGUACGCAGAACGGCUGGUGACUCUACUGUUCGAGCAGUUCAGAGAGUGUAUAAAGCAAAUGUAACUGAGAAUUACCUGGAAAUUCAUCUUUUCUGGGCUGGAAAAGGAACAUGUUGUAUCCCCAUUCAAGGGGCGUAUGGGCCUUUAAUAUCGGCUGUCAGUGCAAAAUCAGAUUUUACACCAACUGUGGGCAAUCGGCCACCAUCAAAGGGAAAGAACAGGACCGGUACUAUUGUGGGUGUCAUUGUUGGCCUAGGACUCUUAAGUAUCUUAGCGGGCGUGGCUAUCUUCAUCAUCCGAAAAAGAAGAAAGCGGUAUACAGAUGAUGAAGAGCUUCUUAGUAUGGACGUAAAGCCUUACACCUUUACGUACUCGGAACUGAAGAGUGCAACUCAAGAUUUCGAUCCCUCUAACAAGCUUGGAGAGGGAGGAUUUGGGCCUGUUUAUAAGGGAAAACUCAAUGAUGGAAGAGAAGUAGCAGUGAAGCUGUUGUCGGUGGGAUCCCGGCAAGGGAAGGGACAAUUUGUUGCAGAGAUUGUAGCGAUUUCUGCAGUUCAACAUCGCAACUUAGUAAAACUUUAUGGGUGCUGCUAUGAAGGAGAUCAUCGUUUGCUAGUAUAUGAAUACCUUCCUAACGGAAGUCUUGAUCAGGCUCUAUUUGGGGACAAGACUUUACAUCUUGAUUGGUCAACUCGUUAUGAGAUAUGUCUAGGAGUUGCCAGGGGUCUAGUCUAUCUCCACGAGGAGGCGAGGCUGCGGAUCGUACACAGGGAUGUGAAGGCCAGCAACAUUUUACUGGACUCUAAUUUGGUCCCAAAAGUUUCUGAUUUUGGUCUCGCAAAGCUAUACGAUGACAAGAAAACCCACAUAAGCACCCGAGUAGCAGGGACGAUUGGAUAUCUUGCGCCGGAGUAUGCCAUGCGCGGACAUCUAACAGAGAAAACUGAUGUGUAUGCCUUUGGUGUUGUGGCUCUAGAGCUAGUGAGUGGAAGGCCAAACUCUGAUGAGAACUUGGAAGACGAAAAAAGAUAUCUUCUUGAAUGGGCAUGGAAUCUACACGAGAAAAGUCGUGAAGUGGAACUUAUUGAUCGUGAGCUAACUGAAUUCAACAUGGAAGAAGUGAAGCGCAUGAUAGGCAUUGCUCUGCUUUGCACUCAGACAUCACAUGCCUUGAGGCCACCGAUGUCAAGAGUGGUGGCCAUGCUUUCGGGAGACGUUGAGGUGAGUGAUGUCACCUCUAAGCCAGGCUACCUAACCGACUGGAGAUUUGAUGACACCACAAGCUCUUCUCUAAGCGGAUUUCAAACCAAAGAGACGUGGCCUUCUGAUUCCUUGUCCACGAGCUUCGUAGCGCCUGGCUCCGAGAUAUCACCCAGAAGCGCUGAUUCUAAGCCGAUGCUGGGAGUCAAGAUCAAUGAGGGAAGAGUGGGUUCUUGGAUGUGGAGAAAGAUGCUGAAGCUUAGAGAGAUAGCGAAGACAUUCUACAAAAUUGAAAUUGACAACGGGAGACACAUCUCUUUUUGGUAUGAUUGUUGGUCUGAGAAGGGUGUGAUAUUUGAUCUUGUGGGUGAGAGAGGUUUUAUUGAUUUGGGUAUAAGAAAGGAAGCCACUCUGGAGGAAGCGGUGCUGAAUUUAAGAUGGAGAAGACGUCAUAGAUCAGAGGUUUUGCAAGAGGUAGAGACGGCUCUUGAAUCUGUGAGAAGUAAGAUCCAGAGUGAGAAGUUGGAUGUCAGUAUCUGGAGGAGAAAGUCGGGGUAUAGAGAGAAUUUCUCAACAAAUGAAACUUGGAUGCUGUUAAGAGGGACGAGCGUGCAAUAUCUUUGGACUCGGGGGAUUUGGUUCUCAAUGGCUACACCUAAGUAUGCAUUCAUGACAUGGUUAACCAUGAGAGGAAGAUUAUCCACUUUAGACAGGUUGUGGGAACAUCUCGUAAAAGGUAUUUUGGGUAACGCUUUCACAUAUGAUUGGUCUGAAAUGGUGAGGAUAAUCUCAAGUGGGGGUUAUGAUAAGAAGAGUAUUUUUUGUAUAAGAUACGCCUUUCAAGCGGCUGUCUAUGCUAUAUGGAGGGUGAGGAAUAAUGUUCGACAUGGGGAGAAGCUUAUGCCUAUUUCCAUUCUGAAGAAACUUAUUGAUAAGGAGAUAAGAAACAAACUCAGUCUGUUGAGUACAAGAAGGAGGAGAGAACCUCCGUCGACGAAGAUGCCCACGUGCCUGCACCUCACUGUCUGGUUCAUCUUGUGUAUAUUCGGUUCAAUUGACCUGGUUCGAUCUCAAAACCGAACCGGAACCACUACUGAUCCCGACGAAGCGCGAGCUUUGAACUCCAUCUUUGCCGCUUGGGGUAAACAGGCGCCUAGGGACUGGAACAUCAGUGGCCAACUUUGCUCCGGCGUAGCCAUCGGCGAGAACAUCACCAUCGACGACAAAGCAUAUAACCCUCUUAUCAAAUGCGACUGCACGUUCAACGGCUCAACAAUCUGCCGCAUCACCGCCCUCAAGGUUUAUGCGAUGGAUGUUAUAGGACCUAUACCUCCACAGCUCUGGACUUUGACACACCUCACAAAUCUGAACCUGGCUCAAAAUUUUCUUACGGGCUCCCUUUCCCCUGCAAUUGGAAAUCUGACUCGAAUGGAAUGGCUGACUUUUGGGAUCAAUGCCUUGUCUGGCCCCGUUCCCAAGGAAAUUGGUCUGCUUACAGAAUUGAAAUUGCUUGGUAUUAGUUCAAAUAAAUUUUCUGGCUCUAUACCAGCUGAGAUUGGGAAUUGCACAAAACUACAGCAAAUAUACAUGGAUAGUUCUGAUUUCACCGGGGCCAUACCGUCAUCAUUUGCUAAUCUUGUGGAGCUGCAAACCGCUUGGAUGAUGGAUCUGGGAGUUACAGGUCGUAUACCUGACUUUAUAGGAAGAUGGACCAAACUUACUGCCUUGAGAAUUGUCGGAACUGAUUUAAGUGGUCCCAUACCGUCGUCAUUUUCCAGCUUAACUUCUUUAACAGAACUGAGGCUUGGUGAUAUAUCCAACGGCAGCUCUUCUCUUGAGUUCAUCAAAGACAUGACUUCUCUAAGUGUACUAGUAUUGAGGAACAGCAAUCUCACUGGGACAAUACCCUCUUAUAUUGGACAAUUCUCAAGUCUCAAACAAGUUGAUUUAAGCUUCAAUAAACUACAUGGACCAAUUCCGGCUUCAUUGUUCAAUUUAAGUCAACUUACUCACUUGUUUCUGGGGAAUAAUACGUUGAAUGGUUCCUUGCCCACUCAAAAGAGCCAGACUUUGAGCAAUAUAGAUGUUUCGUACAAUGAUUUGUCUGGAAUUCCUCCUUCGUGGGUCAACUUACCGAACUUGCAACUCAACCUUGUUGCCAACAACUUCACCUUAGAAAGUCUUGACAACAGGGUUUUACCAGGACUGAACUGCCUGCAGAAAAACUUCCCUUGCAAUCGAGGCAAAGCAUUAUAUUCUGACUUUGCUAUCAACUGCGGAGGCCAACAAAUACGGUCAGCUAGCGGAGAAGUAUUUGAAAGGGAGGACGGGGCUCUUGGACCAGCUUCAUUCGUCGUGAGUGAUGAACAGAGAUGGGGAGCCAGUAAUGUAGGACUUUUUGGCGGUAGUAGUAAUGUAUACAUAGUGACUUUACUAUCACAAUUUAUCAACACUUUGGACUCGGAGCUUUUUCAAUCAGCAAGACUUUCCGCAUCUUCCCUAAGGUAUUAUGGGUUGGGGCUAGAAAAUGGAGGCUAUACAGUAACAAUUCAGUUUGCUGAAAUACAAAUUAUUGGUUCUUCUUCAAACACUUGGAGAGGCAUAGGUAGAAGACGUUUUGACAUUUAUGUUCAGGGAAGACUUGUUGAAAGGGACUUUGAUAUACGCAGAACAGCUAAUGACUCUAUUGUCCGAGCAGUUGAGAGAGAAUAUAAAGUUAAUGUAUCAGAAAAUUACAUCGAAAUUCAUCUUUUCUGGGCUGGAAAAGGAACAUGUUGUAUUCCCAUUCAAGGUGCUUAUGGGCCAUUAAUAUCUGCCGUCAGUGCAAAACCAGAUUUUAUACCAACUGUGGCUAACAAGCCACCAUCAAAGGGAAAUAACAGGACUGGUACCAUUUUGGGUGUCAUUGUUGGCCUGGGACUUUUGAGCAUCAUUGCGGGCGUGGUUAUCUUAAUCAUCCGAAAAAGAAGGAAGCGAUACACAGAUGAUGAAGAGAUACUGAACAUGGACGUGAAGCCUUACACUUUUUCUUACUCUGAACUUAAAACUGCCACUCAAGAUUUCAAUCCCUCAAACAAGCUUGGAGAGGGAGGAUUUGGGCCUGUUUAUAAGGGAAACCUGAAUGAUGGACGAGAGGUGGCGGUGAAACAGUUGUCGGUUGGAUCGCGACAAGGAAAGGGACACUUUGUUGCAGAAAUAGUAGCAAUUUCUACAGUUAUGCACCGCAACCUAGUUAAACUUUAUGGAUGUUGCUAUGAAGGAGAUCAUCGUUUGCUCGUUUAUGAGUAUCUCCCCAAUGGAAGUCUCGACCAGGCACUAUUUGGAGGUGAUAAAAAGACUUUACAUCUUGAUUGGCCAAUCCGUUUUGAGAUCUGCAUGGGAGUAGCUAGGGGUCUAGCCUACCUCCACGAGGAGGGGAGUGUUCGAAUAGUACACAGGGAUGUGAAGGCCAGCAACAUUUUGCUUGACUCUAAUCUAGUCCCUAAAGUCUCUGAUUUUGGUCUGGCAAGGCUAUACGAUGACAAGAAAACCCACAUAAGUACCAAAGUGGCUGGGACCGUUGGAUAUCUUGCGCCCGAGUAUGCCAUGCGUGGACACCUAACAGAGAAAACGGAUGUGUACGCCUUUGGUAUUGUGGUACUUGAGCUAGUGAGUGGAAGGGGAAACGCAGAUGAGAGCCUUGAGGGUGAAAAAAGAUAUCUUCUCGAAUGGGCAUGGAAUCUACACGAGAAAAGUCAUCAAGUGGAACUUAUUGAUCGUGAGCUAACUGAAUUCAACGUGGAAGAAGUGAAACGCAUGAUAGGCAUUGCUCUGCUGUGCACUCAAGCAUCUCAUGCUGUUAGACCACCAAUGUCACGAGUGGUGGCCAUGCUUUCAGGAGACGUUGAGGUGAGUGAGGUGACCUCUAAGCCAAUCUACCUACCCGACUGGAGAUUUGAUGACACCACAAGGUCCUCUUUCAGCGCCUUUCAAACCAAAGACACGGGCGCUUCUGGAUCCUACUCCACCAGCUUUGUGACGCCCGCAGAGAACGACUUUAAGCCUAUGCUUGGAGUCAAAAUCAAUGAGGGGAGAUGAAACUGUCUCAUAUCCUCUUUGGUGAUGGCUAUGGAUAUGUUUAAGUGUGUAUAUGAAGGAGGAUAUAUCACUAUGUUCUUCUUUGGUUGGAUAAACGUACUUUUCACUUCAUGUAUAUGAAAAAAUAAAUAAGAGAAACAUAUUUCAUUUCA